AUGUUUAGAAAUACUAUAAAAUCAUUUACUUCAAAUAUCAUAAGACCUUCUUUGAUAACUAGACAAUUACCAUUGAGAACGGUACAAAGAUGUUCUGGUCCUGUUUUUGUUAGAUCAUAUGCUGGUUUCCCUUCAUUAACUAGAGAUCUUGCAAAAGAAAGAAUUAUAGAAUUAUUAGAAGGUUAUGAUAAAGUAUCUACAAAAAAUGGUAUAACUGAAGAUUCUUCAUUCAUUAAUGAUUUAGGUUUAGAUUCUUUGGAUGUUGUUGAAGUUGUAAUGGAAUUAGAACAUGAAUUUAAUAUACAAAUUCCAGAUAAUGAAGCAGAUGGAUUAAAAACUGUUGGUCAAACAAUUGAUUAUAUAUUAAGUCAACCUGAUGCUUGUUAA